AAACAACGACAACAAACUACGUAAAUGAACCAAUCAACCAAUCGGAGGCCGUUAUUAGCUUGAUCCUCUCAUCAACAGCUCCUAAGUGAUACGUGAACUUCGGCCAAUAGGCGAUUAAUGUUCAAUUUUGAUUUCUUAUCAAUGACUGAAGAUAUUGAAAAAUUCCUAAGGGCCCAAAGUGCUAUUUCAGUGUGGGACGGUAGUCAGGUUCACGGGUGGUGUCGGCUUGCCAGGAGAGCUAAGACGAGGACAGCGAUCACCGUAUAAACACUGAUCUACCAUGGAAGACACAACCAAGUCAUCUACUGCAACRCCAUUCUCAAUCACCGAUAUUUUGAAUCGCAAAGAGAUACAGAGCACAAAUCACAACAGUACUAUAUGGGAACGAAGAGGUUGUGAACACUAUCAGAUGCCUUCGUACCUGCCAACUUCACCAUGCUUACCCGCCAGUACUGUCAAUUUCCAAGCAUUCACUCCAUGUACUGACUAUCCUAGUUCAUCACAACCUAGAGCAAGCAGUCCGUCAAAAGAUAACGAGCAAACUGUAAGCCAAGAAAACACUAAAGAAUGUAAACGGUCGAACGAAUCAAGUCCUGAAAGAGAAGAAGUCCGAAACACCUCAUCGACUCAACAACAGCAAACCAAACCGCGUAAAAAGAGAUCCAGAGCGGCCUUUUCUAAUCAACAAGUAUUCGAACUAGAGAGACGGUUUGGUCAUCAAAAAUAUCUUUCAGGACCAGAGAGAGCGGACCUUGCGGCCGCUUUAAAGCUGACCGAAACUCAGGUCAAAAUCUGGUUCCAGAACCGAAGGUACAAGACAAAGCGCCGUCAACUCGCAUCUGAAAUAUUCCCCCCGAGCGCUGCUAAAAAGGUGGCUGUUCGAGUUCUUAUAAGAGAUGAUCGUAAACAGUACGAUGACAUGUCAGUUCCUACAUUAGCGCCUCUUCCUAUACCACCUUACAUGCCUAGCUACGGUGUGCCGUAUGGAUUUUAUUUUGGAGUAUAGCACGACUAAAGAACUUGCGGAUGUUACCAAUUCAAUUCAUGUCAACACAUCUUGAUUGCAAGAAACACAUUUAAAGGAAAUUCUUCGUGUAUAUAGACACAUAAAAUCGUUACCUAGUUAUAUUCAAGAGCCGUGUGCUUCACGAGAACACUCUUAUCAGUUCAGUUUGAAGAUAACUCUCACUUCUUGUCGAUACGGAAAUGUAAUCCUUWUGACAAGAGCAUAUUUCUCGGAGUGGAUCGUUCUCCAUGAGUUUACACACUUUAUCCUGCUUGAUUGUCGAGUAUUAGGAGUUUAAUUAACUCUAAUCUAAGAUUAGAUGUUCAUGAAUCUUUGUAAUAUAAUUUUGAUUUAAACCUCUGCAACAGAGGUAGUUUAUUCAUCGUUAAGCAUCCUGUACAAUAAACGAUCGUUAGCUAAGGAGUUCAUAACUGUUAUCCCUCUUUGCUAAUUGAGUGUCGGCAUCUUAUCUCAAGUUUUUUUCAUUCGUGUAGAUGACAGUUUUAUUCUCAAACAUCAUCGCUGGAAAAUUAUUUAUGAAGUAUAAUGAAGACUUAGCACAAUAUCGAUUCCAAAUGUUAGUAGGUCUAGAUAGGAAUGGUAGUUUAUGUACAUUUAGAKAAUUUACAAGUACAAUUGUUGGUGUUGUGUAUAUGGCUUUAAGUAAUGUCCAUCAAGGAGAAACAAGUUAAUGUGUGUAUAGAAAUUAGAAGUAUAACAAUAAAGAAAGGUGGAAUUCUAGUAAU